AUGGGUCAGUCCACUUCUGAUGUAGGAGCCUAUGGGAGUGACUCUGCAACCAUCUUGUCACUGUCAGCCUUUGGAAGCAGUCUCCUGUCUAAUAACAUUGAAAAAUUAAACUUGCCAAAUGAAGGAAAACUACCAGGUACAAACACAACCCUUCCAUUUGCAUUUGUUGCAGAUUCUGCAUUUCCUCUAAAACUAAAGCUUAUGCGCCCUUAUCCUGGGAUGAAUUUGCCAGAGGGCGAAUCAAUUUUCAAUUACCGUCUCUCCCGGGCAAGAAGAGUUAUAGAGAGUGCAUUUGGGAUUUUGGCAUCACGAUGGCGCAUUUUCCAUCAAUCAAUUACAGCAUCUCCUGAUGCUGUAACAAAAAUGGUGUUAUGCACAGUUAUCUUGCAUAACUUUAUAAUGAAACAUAAUUCUGUGCCAGAAUACUGCCCCCCAAAUUUUGUAGACCAGGAAAAUAUCCCUGGCGAUUUCUGGGAUGAGCCAUCUCCUAAUUGGGAGCCUCUCCAAUGUGGAUCGCGGAAUUCUGCACAGAGAGCAUACAGCAAUCAGAAUGCUUUAAAGGAGUUUUUCACGAAUAAGGGACAUGUAUCUUGGCAAUUAGGAAUUGUUAAUCGAGGAACCCUACCAAAUUCAUAA